CGCCAACUCAACAUCAUGGACCCAUCAUAUACCACUUACCAGCAGCAGGUGAUGAUGCAAGAAGAGCAAAGGAAGCAACAUCGCCAGCAGCAGCCGUUGAAUUCGAUGAGCAACAUGUAUAUGCAGCAGCAGCCGAUGCAUCGUUCCCAGCAGCAACAACACGUGGCAUACCCGAUGCAACAGCAACCUAUGAUGCUGUACCCAAACGAUGUGGCGCCGUUGGGAUCGUAUGACGUCGCACCGGUGGCGUCGCACCUCGGGAUGUCCGCCCCUCCGGUGUCCGCCGAGUAUGGGUACUAUGACUCCCAGACCCAAACCCCAUCGCAACGAAGCACCAAUAUCCCGUACGACGACUCGGCGGCUCCAGCAGUCAGUUCCGUCCAACAACAACAGCAACAAGGCGGGAAACGUCACGCCCCGCGCGCCGCGUUCCCCGACUACAAGACUCCGCCGCAGUUCCUCUAUGUCAAGGACAAGACGACCGGUGCAUCGUCGUCUGUCGCGAGCACGGAGACCCAGAUGCGCAACUUGCGCGUGGCCGAGGACGAUCCGUCGAUCAAAGCGGAACAUCCCCCGUCGUCGUCCCCAUCGCGUCAACCCCCAGUCGAGCUCGACAUGAACAUCCUGUCCAAGCUCCUGGGCACCGACCCUUCCCUGAUCACCCGCGACCAAGUGCGCAACAUCCUGUCCAACCCAGACCUGCUCAAUAUCUACAAGAAGCUGCUUGAAGAAGACCAGCGAAAGAAAAAGCGACUGGCGCGUAAUAGAGACCUAGCUGGCCAGCGACGGAAACGCAGCAAGGAGCUGGUCGAGACCUACGAAGCCGAAGUCAACCAGCUCGAGAACAUCCUUGCCAAGUCGUUAGCGCAUGAGUUUGGUCAAGGAGAUAUUCAAACGCUCUUGGAAGCUCUGGGAGGCGAACACAAACAAAGCAUUACGUUGACCAAAGAUGCCAAACAUCAACAAACGGCAUCGCUCCUCGCCCAACUCCUUCGUCAUGCGCUCGUGUUCCAAGACGCGAACGACGACAGCUGGAUGCUGGCGUUGGCUGCCUGCGAUGACCCAGAGUUUCUAUCUCUCAAACUAGAAGUGGGGCUCACAGACGCGCAGUGCCGGCAGCUGGCGCGCCUUGAGCCAGCCAUCCACGCCGAAGCCACCAAGGUGGCGCUAGUUGAGAAGGUCGUCGCUGCCUUGCACGCCCAAGAAUGGCUCCACUUUCCAAACUCCGAGAACUUGGUGGAUCUGUUUCGGGGGCCGCUGAACGACGCGCAGCUGCAAAAGUUUGUCCAGUGGACACGAGUAAACCACCGCGUGAUUCAUGUGCUGCAGGUGGCGAGGGAAGGGGCCGACGCCGCCGACAAGGACGACGACGCGCAUCUUGUGUUUGACUUUCCCGCAGAUAUGUAAUCAUAUAGCAUGGUGGAACUACAGUAACCUAGGACGGCAUGUGUGAACCAACAUCACUGUCGUCAUUGCGUUCUGGCGUUGCAAUAGAUGAG